CCCCAAACCACUUUUUAAAAACACUUGAGCACGCCCGCACACUCCAUAUCCAGCUCAUCGAGCACCAUCCAUGGCGGCUUCCUUCCUCUCCAAUCCCUCCUCCCUCUCCUUCCUCCUCCUCCUCCUCCUCCUCCACGCUUCUCGCCUCGCCUUUUCGCAGUCCUUCGUCGGAGUGAACUAUGGGCAGGUGGCCGACAACCUCCCGCCGCCGGAGUCCACGGCGAAGCUCCUGCAGUCGACGACGAUCGGGAAGGUCAGGCUGUACGGCGCGGAUCCGGCGAUAAUCAAGGCGCUGGCGAACACGGGCAUCGGGAUCGUGAUCGGCGCGGCCAACGGCGACAUCCCCUCGCUGGCCGCCGAUCCCAACGCGGCCGGCCAGUGGGUCGGCGCCAACAUCCUCCCCUUCUAUCCCGCCAGCAAGAUCACCCUCGUCACGGUGGGCAAUGAGGUGUUCAUGUCCAACGACGAGAAUUUGAUGUCGCAGCUCCUGCCGGCGAUGCAGAACAUGCAGAGGGCCAUCACCGCCGCCGGGCUGGGCGGCAAGGUGAAGGUGUCGUCGGUGCACGCCAUGUCGCUGCUGAGCCAGUCCGACCCGCCGUCGUCGGGCCGGUUCCACCCCUCGUUCGAGGCCCGGAUGAACGUGCUGCAGUUCCAGCGGGAGAACGGCUCGCCCCUGCCCAUCAACCCGUACCCGUUCUUCGCGUACCAGAGCGACCCGAGGCCCGAGACGCUGGCGUUCUGCCUGUUCCAGCCCAACGCCGGGCGGGUCGACUCCGGGACCGGGAUCAAGUACAUGAACAUGUUCGACGCUCAGGUUGAUGCUGUUUACUCUGCCCUAAAGGCUUUGGGUUACAAGGACAUUGAAAUCAUGGUUGCAGAGACGGGGUGGCCGUACAAUGGCGACAGCAAUGAAGUCGGGACUAGCGUAGAGAAUGCUAAGGCUUACAAUGGCAAUUUGAUCGCUCACCUUAGAUCUUUGGUUGGCACUCCACUGAUGCCUGGGAAGUCCGUGGACACAUAUUUCGCACUCUAUGACGAGGAUUUGAAACCAGGGCCUACUUCUGAACGAUCGUUUGGAAUGUACAAGCCUGAUCUGACCAUGACUUAUGACAUUGGUCUUGCGAAGAGUAGCCAGACCCCAGCUUCUCCAAAAGCUCCAGUGACUCCGACCCCAGUGACUCCGACCCCAAAACCAACAGGACCGGGCUGGUGUGUUCCCAAAUCUGGCGUUUCCGAUGCUCAAUUGCAAGCAAGUCUCGACUAUGCUUGCAGCAAUAACAUCGAUUGCAGUCCGAUCCAACCUGGCGGUGCUUGCUUUGAUCCGAACACCAUAGCGUCGCAUGCAGCUUUUGCCAUGAACCUCUACUACCAAACAUUAGGCAGGAACCCUUGGAACUGCGAUUUCUCUCAAACAGCAACGCUGACGAACAAUCCCAGUUACAAUGGCUGUGUUUACCCUGGUGGGAGCACCUGAAGUGCGAUAGAACUGUAUCAUUAGAUGAUAUAUAUAAAAGGCGGAAUAAGGAAUGGCGGUGUAGUUGAAGAACUUUGUCCCUAUAUUUAGUUGUAAAGCCCUUCCUUCUUAUAUUUAUAGGUGUAAUACAAAUACAUAUAUGUAGCCCUUUUCUCCGUCAUUUUAUUUUAUUUUUCCUCAUAAAGUUAAUGAGUAUGGGAAAAAGGAUCCCUAAGGUUUUAGGUUUGAAUAAGUCUCCAUAUUGUGCCGUGUACCUUAUUUCCUAGAUCUUCAAUGAAGCUACAUGAUUUUUGGGCAUUGA